AUGUCAUUCUCAGGGCCAAUCACUCCUCCAAUGGAGUCCACUGGUGACCAAUUAAUGACUUUAGAAACCCAAGAUGGAAUUGCAUUACAAGGUUACUCCUUUGGUGCUCCAGUUUCCACUGCUGGUGAAGUUGUCUUCCAAACUGGUAUGGUUGGUUACCCAGAAUCCAUCACCGAUCCAUCUUACGAGGGUCAAAUUUUGGUUAUCACCUACCCAUUGGUUGGUAACUAUGGUGUGCCAGAUCGUGAAUUGAAAGAUUUAGAUGUUCCUGAAUUGCCACGUUACUUUGAAUCUAGUAAGAUUCAUAUUGCUGGUUUGGUUGUUGCUCACUACACUGAAGAAUACUCCCAUUUCUUAGCCAAGUCCUCCUUGGGUCAAUGGUUAAAGGAGCAGGGUAUUCCAGCUAUUUACGGUGUUGAUACUCGUUCCUUGACCAAGCGUUUAAGAGAAAAGGGUUCUACUUUAGGUCGUUUGGCUUUACAAAACUCUAAAAGCCCAGAGGCUUUUGAUUCCAAGUUAUGGAGGAACCAUUUUGAAAUUCCUGAAUGGGAUGAUCCAAAUGUCAAGAACUUAGUUGCUAAAGUCUCAGUUAAGAAGCCAGUUUUGUACUCUCCUAAGCCUGAAACUGCCCUCAAAGGUAAGAACGGUAAGACUCUCAGAAUUGUUGCCAUUGAUGUCGGUAUGAAAUUCAACCAAAUCCGUUGUUUUGUUAGACGUGGUGUUGAAUUAUUGGUAGUUCCAUGGGACUAUGAUUAUACCAAGGAAGAAUACGAUGGUUUAUUCAUUUCUAACGGUCCAGGUGAUCCAUCUGUUAUGACUGAAAAUGUUGAUCGUUUGAGAACUGUCUUGAAACAAGGUAAGACUCCAGUUUUUGGUAUCUGUCUUGGUCAUCAAUUAUUGGCCAGAGCUAGCGGUGCCUCCACUUUAAAGUUGAAGUUCGGUAACCGUGGUCAUAACAUUCCAUGUACCUCCACCAUCUCAGGUCGUUGUUAUAUCACAUCCCAAAAUCAUGGUUAUGCUGUUGAUACCAACACCUUAGCCCCAGGUUGGAAGGAAUUAUUUGUUAACGCUAACGAUGGUUCAAAUGAAGGUAUCUACCAUGAAACUGAACCGGUCUUCUCCGUUCAAUUCCACCCUGAAUCUACCCCUGGUCCAAGGGACACUGAAUUCUUAUUUGAUGUUUUCAUUCAAUCUGUCCAAGAUUUCAAUGCUACUGGUGUUAAGAAGGCCGUUGAGUUCCCAGGUGGUAACUUGGCUGAAAACAGAGCUGCUCACCCAAGAAUCCAACCAAAGAAGGUGUUAGUCUUGGGUUCCGGUGGUUUAUCCAUCGGUCAAGCUGGUGAAUUCGAUUACUCUGGUUCUCAGGCUAUCAAGGCUUUGAAGGAAGAGGGUAUUUACACUGUUUUAAUUAACCCUAAUAUCGCUACCAUCCAAACUUCUAAGGGUUUAGCAGAUAAAGUCUACUUUUUGCCAGUUACUGCUGAAUUUGUCCGUAAGGUUAUUCAAUUUGAAAGACCAGAUGGUAUCUACUGUACUUUUGGUGGUCAAACUGCUUUGGGUGUAGGUAUUAAGUUGAAAGAUGAAUUUGAAAGCCUUGGAGUUAAGGUUUUAGGUACUUCUAUUGACACUGUUAUCACCACUGAAGAUCGUGAAUUAUUUGCCUCUGCUAUGGCAGAAAUUGGUGAAAAGUGUGCUAGAUCUGAAGCUUGUAACAAUGUCGAAGAGGCUGUUCAAGCUGCAAAGGAUAUCGGGUUCCCAUUAAUCAUCAGAGCUGCAUUCGCUCUUGGUGGUCUCGGUUCUGGUUUUGCUGACAAUGAAGAGGAAUUAGUUGCUCUUUGUAACAAAGCUUUCGCUACUUCUCCACAAGUUUUAGUUGAAAGAUCAAUGAAGGGCUGGAAAGAAGUCGAAUAUGAAGUUGUUAGAGAUGCUUUCGACAACUGUAUUACUGUCUGUAAUAUGGAAAAUUUCGAUCCAUUAGGUAUCCAUACUGGUGACUCCAUUGUCGUCGCUCCAUCCCAAACCUUAUCUGACGAAGAUUACAAUAUGUUAAGAACUACUGCUGUUAACGUUAUCCGUCACUUGGGAGUCGUUGGUGAAUGUAACAUUCAAUAUGCUUUGAACCCUUUCUCCAAGGAAUACUGUAUUAUUGAAGUCAAUGCUCGUUUAUCUAGAUCUUCAGCUUUAGCUUCUAAGGCCACUGGUUACCCAUUAGCUUAUACUGCUGCUAAGUUGGGUUUAAAUAUCCCAUUGAACGAAAUUAAGAAUUCUGUCACUAGAUCUACUUGUGCUUGCUUCGAACCUUCCUUGGAUUAUGUUGUGGUCAAGAUUCCAAGAUGGGAUUUAAAGAAAUUUACCAGAGUUUCAUCUCUUUUAUCCUCCUCGAUGAAAUCAGUUGGUGAAGUUAUGUCUAUUGGUAGAACUUUUGAAGAAGCUAUUCAGAAAGCUAUCAGAUCUACUGAUUACCACAAUUUAGGUUUUGGUAAAAACGAUAACUCCUUUAUCAGUAUUGAUGACGAAUUACAAACUCCUUCAGAUCAACGUUUGUUUGCUAUCGCUAACGCUUUAGCCGAUGGUUACUCUGUCGAAAAGGUUUGGAAAUUAACCAAUAUUGACAAGUGGUUCUUAAACAAGUUGAAUGGUUUGAUCCAGUACGCUGACAAGAUUUCAUCAUUUGGAACCAAGGAAAACUUACCUGUUUCUAUUUUAAGACAAGCUAAACAGUUAGGUUUCGAAGAUCGUCAAAUUGCUAAAUUCUUGAACUCUAAUGAAGUUGCCAUCAGAAGAUUGAGAAAGGAAGCAGGUGUUAUUCCAUUUGUUAAACAAAUCGAUACCGUUGCUGCUGAAUUCCCAGCUCACACUAACUAUUUGUACAUUACUUACAAUGCUGACUCCAAUGAUGUUAAAUUCGAUGACCAUGGUGUUAUUGUUUUGGGUUCCGGUGUCUAUAGAAUUGGUUCUUCUGUAGAAUUCGACUGGUGUGCAGUUAGAGCUAUCAGAACUUUAAGAGAAAAUGGUACCAAGACUAUUAUGAUCAACUACAACCCAGAAACUGUUUCUACCGAUUAUGAUGAAGCUGACAGAUUAUACUUUGAGACUAUUAACUUGGAAAGAGUAUUAGAUAUCUAUGACCUUGAACAAUCUGCAGGUGUUAUCAUUUCUAUGGGUGGUCAAACAUCCAACAAUAUUGCAUUAACUUUACACCGUCAAAACGUUAAGAUCUUGGGUACAUCACCAGAAAUGAUUGAUUCGGCUGAAAACAGAUAUAAAUUCUCUCGUAUGUUGGAUAAGAUCGGUGUUGAUCAACCAGCUUGGAAAGAGUUGACUUCUUUCAAAGAAGCUGAAGUGUUCGCUGAAAAGGUCACCUAUCCUGUUCUUGUUCGUCCAUCUUACGUCUUGUCUGGUGCUGCUAUGAAUACUGUGUACUCUCGUGAUGAUUUGGAAAGUUACUUAUCUCAAGCUGUUGAUGUCUCCCCAGAUUAUCCUGUCGUUAUCACUAAAUAUAUUGAGAAUGCCAAGGAAAUUGAAAUGGACGCCGUCGCUAAGGAUGGUAAGAUGAUUAUGCAUGUUGUCUCUGAGCACGUUGAAAAUGCUGGUGUUCACUCUGGUGACGCCACCUUAAUUGUUCCACCUCAAGAUUUGGACCCUGAGACCGUGAGAAGAAUUGUAGAAGCUACUGCUAAAAUUGGUAAGGCUUUGGACAUCACCGGUCCUUACAAUAUUCAAUUUAUUGCUAAAGACAAUGAUAUCAAGGUCAUUGAAUGUAAUGUUCGUGCUUCCCGUUCUUUCCCAUUCAUCUCAAAGGUAGUUGGUACCGAUUUGAUUGAAAUGGCAACCAAGGCAAUCAUGGACAUGCCAGUAACUCCUUAUCCAGGUGAAAAACUACCAGAAAACUACUGUGCAGUUAAGGUUCCUCAAUUCUCUUUCUCAAGAUUAGCUGGAGCUGACCCUGUGUUGGGUGUUGAAAUGGCUUCUACUGGUGAAGUCGCUACUUUCGGUAGAAACAAAUAUGAAGCUUACUUGAAAUCUUUGAUCUCUACUGGAUUCGUUUUACCAAAGAAGAACAUCUUGUUCUCCAUUGGUUCAUACAAGGAAAAGAUCGAACUCUUACCAUCCAUUAGUAAGUUGAGCGAACUCGGUUACAAAAUCUUUGCAACCGCAGGUACUGCUGAUUUCAUCAAGGAACACGAUAUCCCAGUUCAUUACUUAGAAGUUUUGAGUAAAGAAGAAGACCAAAAGUCUGAAUACUCUUUGACUCAACAUUUGGCUAAGAAUUUGAUUGACUUGUACGUCAAUUUACCAUCUUCAAACAGAUUCCGUCGUCCAGCUUCUUACAUGUCCAAGGGUUACGAAUCUCGUCGUAUGGCUGUUGAUUAUGCUAUUCCAUUAGUUACUAAUGUCAAGUGUGCUAAGUUACUUGUUGAAGCUAUUGCAAGAAACAUCACCUUAGAUGUUUCUGAUAUUGAUGCUCAAACUUCUCACACAACUGCCUCCUUACCAGGUUUAGUCAACAUCACAUCUUUUGUACCUACAUUAGAUGAUUUUGAAACUACAACAAAGACUGCAUUGGCAUCUGGUUUCACUUUCAAUGCCUUCUUACCUCAAACUCUUGAUGGUGGUUCUAUAACUGAUGCUGAAUCAUUGGCUGAAGCUGUCGAUGCUGCAUCCUCUGGUGCUUACACUGAUUUCACUUUCUCACUUGCUGCAAAUGAAACCAACUCUGAAGCAACUGCUGCUGCUUCUGAACACGCCGGAGCUUUGUUCUUACCAUUUAACGAAUUUGCUAACUCCAAGGUUUCAUCAAUUUCUAACCACUUUGCUUCAUGGCCAGAAAACAAACCAAUCAUUACCGAUGCCAGAACUACCGAUCUUGCUUCUGUUUUAUUAUUGGCUUCAUUGCACAAUAGAUCUAUUCAUAUUACCAAUGUUUCUUCUAAGGAAGAUUUAGAUUUAAUUCGUAUGGCAAAGGACAGAAAAUUACAAGUUACUUGUGAUGUUGCAGUUUACUCAUUGUUUGUGUCUCAAGCUCAAUUCUCUGGCUGUUCAUUCUUGCCAACUGAAGAAGAUCAAAGCGCUUUAUGGGAUAACUUAAAAGACGUGGAUUGUUUUUCCAUUGGUGUUACUCCAUACUUGUUAGCAAAACAUCAAGGCAAGAAGAUUAUUCCAGGCUUAGGUCUUUCUGAAGCCGUCCCAUUACUUUUAUCAGCAGUAAGAGAAAAUCGUCUCACUAUUGAUACCAUUGUCGCCAAAUUCCACACCAACCCAAUCCGUAUCUUCAACUUACCAAAACAAGAAGAAGCUUCUAUUCAAAUCGAUUUAGAUUUAUGGACCAAGUUUGAGCUUUCCUCAGCAUUCUCACCAAAAUUACAAGGUGGUGUUGAAAGAGUAACUGUUGCUGGUGAAACUGUCGUACUUGAUGGCCAAAUUUUGAGCGAGCAAGGAACUGGUAAGAAUGAAGUUAGAUCUCGUGCUGUCUUUGGUUCCAUUUCCGGUCCUUCAUCCAACUCCACUAACAUUUCAUCUUCAGAUGUUACACAAUCUCCACAAUUAUCUAGAAAGACUAGAAUGUCUUUCACUGAUGGCCGUCGCCCAUCUUUUACCAACAAAGAACCAGCUGUUUUUGAAAAAUUGGGAUCUACUUUAGUUUCUGAACCUCCAACUGUUUCUCUCAGUGAAACUAAUGCUUUGGUCAACUAUAUCCGUAAUAACAACAAGUUCUUGCGUAACUCUGUUUUGUCUGUUAAGUCAUUCACAAGAUCUGACUUGCACUCUUUGUUCACUGUUGCUCAAGAAAUGAGAUUAGCCGUUGAAAGACAAGGUGUCUUAGAUAUCUUAAAGGGUCGUUUAUUAGCUACCAUGUUCUAUGAGCCAUCAACUCGUACCUCUUCUUCAUUUGACGCUGCUAUGCAGCGUCUUGGAGGCCGUGUAGUUGCCGUUGAAGCUGGUUCAUCUUCAGUCAAGAAGGGUGAAACUUUGCAAGACACAAUUCGUUCAUUGGCUUGUUACUCUGACGCUAUUGUCUUAAGACAUCCAUCUGAAGAAUCUGCUGAUAUUGCUGCUAAAUACUCACCAGUUCCAAUUAUCAAUGGAGGAAAUGGUUCCAAAGAACACCCAACUCAAGCACUUCUCGACCUUUUCACCAUUAGAGAAGAAUUGGGUACUGUUAACGGUAUUACUGUCACUUUCAUGGGUGACUUGAAAUACGGUAGACCAGUUCACUCUUUAUGUCAUUUAUUACGUCUUUACCAAGUUCGUGUUCAACUUGUUGCUCCAAAGGAAUUACGUUUACCAACAAAUAUCCGUGACAUGUUGAUCAAGAAUGGAUUACAUGUUAUUGAAUCAGACGUUUUGACCGAAGAAAUAAUUGCCAAGUCUGAUGUCUUAUACUGUACUAGAGUUCAAGAAGAGAGAUUUGCCGACAAAGAACAAUACGAAAGAUUAAAGGAUACUUACAUUGUUGAUAAUAGGAUUUUAUCUUUUGCUAAACAACACAUGUGUGUCUUGCACCCAUUGCCACGUACCAAUGAAAUUCGUGAAGAAGUUGAUUUCGAUCAACGUGCUGCAUACUUUAGACAAAUGAGAUAUGGCUUAUUCGUUAGAAUGGCCUUAUUAGCUAUGGUUAUGGGAGUUGACUUUUAA